AUGGUCAAUCGAAUUCGAAAGAAAAUCGAAAAGUUAGUCUACAUCAAUUCGAAUGUGAACAUCACCAUUGUAAUCCCACAAGAUCGCGAUGUGAUAUUAUUGCAUUUUCUUGUCAUUUCGGAUCAGGAAUUCGCGAAUUUUUGGAUUAGUUAUUCCAGUUUCAAUCCCACAUUGUUCAUUGAAUCGAAAAAUCGAUGUUCGAAUUGAUAUUCAUCUGAUUUUGAAUCAAUUAUGCUCUGCGAUUUAUGGAAUUAUUAUUGAGCAAUUUGAACGGCUGGAUAUUAUGGAAGUAUUAUUGCAUUUCGAAGUUGUGAGUGAGUUGUUUUUAUUUUCAAAGAUAAAGUUCAAAUAAAAGAAAAAAUUAAUAAAAACAUAUUUUAUCUACCCAAAAUAGAAUAGGAUCAUAUAAAUAAUUUCAUUUCUAAAAAUGUUGAUCCACAGGCAUUAUUUCCUAACUUUUUAUUUCAAGAAAAUAUAAUUUGUGUUUUUUUCUUGGAAAUUUGUUCGAGAAAAAAGAUGAAAUCGAAAAAACAAUUAAAAUCACGUGAAACGUGUACUCGUUCGCAUUUUUCUUCGGAAGCCGACAGUAACUGAAUUGGGCAACUGUAUAUAUAAGUAUACUUUCUGGAUGAAUCAAGGUUUUCUACAGUACUUUACUGAGCUCAAGAGUUCUAUUUCAAAAAAUAACUUAAAAAUAGAAAAUCAUGCUGAUUACUGUAGUUGUGCAUUGAGGUACAGUACUCCAGAUUUCUUUCGAACUAUACGUUCCACGGGUUACUGUGAUUCAACAGUAACCCAUUGUCGUAAAUGUGAGAAAUGUACAGUUAUCCUGCUCGUAGAGUUUGACUGUAACAUUGAAAAUGAAAAAUUUCGAUUUGUGCAAGCAAAAAAACAUACAAAAUAUGAUUAUAUAUAUUUUUUUGUUUUCUGUCUCCACCAAAAAUAUCUACACAUAUGUAAUUAUAAAGUAACCUGAUACAUAUAUUUUCCAUUUUUGGCUUGUUCGCAAUAUUUUUGUUAGAUUAUUCGUUAGUAUUUUCAUAAGAAAAGAUGUGGCUAACUAAAAUAACUAACUAAAUGACAGAGAAAAUAUUAUAAAAAUAAAAUAAUUAUGAAUAACAAGUUCAUAUGCUGCUCAUUUUUACACACAUCCUUGUUAUUCUUCUUCAUCUCAUUUUUAUUUUUCCAAAAAUUAUUACACUUCGCUACGAUGCUCUGAGAUGCGCAAAAAUGUUGUGUUGUGUGGUUAUUUUUGUUGUGUUAUUGAAUUUCGGAUUUUCGAGAGAAUUGAGAAGAUUUUCGAGAUUUAAUAUCGUUUUGCUUCUUCAACAAAUUUUCUGACUCAUGAUGAGAUUUGAGUUUUUCCCACAUGUCAUCUUUCAUUAGAUGAAAUUUUCACGAAGAUUUCAAUUUUUUCGGACUCUUGAGUUUCAUAAUUUUUUUUGUAAUUCUGAUAGUUUUUGAAUUUAUUUUGAGCUCCGAGUAUUUGUUUUUUGAGCUCCGAGUAUUUUGUAUUUUUUUUGCCCAAUUUUUUAUUUCUAAAUUUUCAAACAUUCUAGUUGUUAAUUUUUUCGAACCCUGGGAUUUUCAUUUUCGUAUUUCCAAAUUUUUUGGAGCCCUGAAAUUUCCAAUGAUCAGCCACGAAAUCAAAAAAAAAUUCAAGCCAACAACCCUGAAUAUCAUUUCACAACCCAUAUUUAUUUAUAUUCUAUUUUUACCCUUUUGUAUAUGUAUCCACUUACACAUUAUGUUUUAGCCCACUCAAUUUCAUUUUUUUUGUUCUCACGCUUUCUCGAAAAAUCGCCGACUUAAUUAUACCUUUGUUCGUUUUCAUAAGACAUAAGCCUAUUAAAAAUAGUAUAUUCGAGAAAACGAAAAUUAUUUGUUUUUUUUUGCCUUGGAUAUCUUUUUUUCUCGUUUAAUCCAUCUGUCCUAUAUGCUAGAGGAUCCGUUCAUUUUACGACUUCGUAUUUUUUUUUUGCUGAAGACAUGUGUCAGCUUCUUCUUCUUCUUCCUCUUUUUUCCAGCUUGACCCACCGCCGCAAAACUUUUUUUCAAUUUUUGAGAAAAAAAAUUCUUAAAGGGCAACCCUUUGAUAUCAAAAACUAAAACCGACGCGAUCAUUUAUCAGCUGUUGUGUAGUUCUCGAGAAUAACAUUGUUUACCGAAACUCUUCAAAUAAUGAUGGAAGAUAUAAGAUUUUCCAUUCAUUUGUCUUCUUUUCAUUUCCUAGGUAACUUCUUCUUUCUUUCUUUUUUUGCCCAAUUAUGUUGAUGUAUUCAGAGCUCACCGAGUUUGUUGUUUUGUUUCUUUUUAGUGUCUUUUUUAGUGUUUAGCAUUUCAGUGUUGUUUUGGCAUGACUUAAAAUCAGAAUAAAGCUGAUUGUGUCGGGUAUGAUUGACAGAGACUCUGAGAAGUACAGUUAAAAAUUUUUUUUGAAACUUUUUUUCAGAAAAACUUUCAUUUUUUCCAAAACCUAUUUUUCCCAGAGCAUAAUAGAUAAUCUUAAGUUCUAAAAAUAAACAAAAAUUAAAAAUACAUCAGCAGAGUUCGUCGCUUUCUUUCAUCAUCUGAAUAUCUAAAAUGCACCUGACGCUUGCUUGAGUAAAAUCUAUUUCGUCAUUUCGUAAUCCGUUGAGUUGAGUAAUCCUUUUUGUUCCUUGCUUCCUGAAUAAAUUUUUACCGAAAAAUUUAUUUUCUUUAUUGUUGUUUUUUUCAGAAGAUGACAAAUAG